AUGUCUGUGGGCCAACUUAUUGGAUGGGGAUUGCUUGCCGCCCUAUGGGCAUGCUCUCGGCUUCCUGCACAGGUUUCCUCGCUUAGCGGUCGUAGUCACUUGCGGAUGCUAGAACUUCACAAACAAUACGGCCCGGUUGUGCGCAUCGGGCCUAAUCGACUUACUUUCUUCCCUGGUCAAUCGCUCAAGGAUAUCUACAAUAGGACGGGACCGAGAAGCUUCAAGAAGAAUAGACCAUACUACAUGCCGCCUCCAAAUAAUGUCGACCAUUUAGUUGGAGAAGGAUUGAAGACACAGGAAGCCUUGGUAACGCAAUAUGUCGAUGCCUUCAUCCAAGGUCUGAGUGCUGCGUCUCAGAAGGGCCUGGUGGAAAUCAGUGCUUGGUUCAACUACACCACAUUCGAUAUUACGGGCGAUCUGAUGUUUGGAGAUAGCUUCGGUUGUCUGAGGAACAAUAAGCUACAUCCGUGGAUCCAAUUGAUGUUCAGCGCGAUCAAGGCGCUGGUAUUUCUCGGGGUCGUGAAGCAGUUCCCCACACUUGAUUGGCUACUCAUGAAACUGGUUCCAAAGAGCAUCCUACAGAAAGGGGUAGACCACUUUAAUUUGAGUGCGGAGAAGGUCGAUAUGCGGAUUGCCAUGGGAAACGAGAAAAACGACUUGAUGUCGGGCAUGCUCAAGAAUGGCUUGUCGGAGAAACAUGGACAGCAUCGGGGGAUCAUGAGCAGGGCUGAAAUCCAUUCUAAUUCAUACAUCCUUAUUAUCGCCGGUAGCGAAACGUCCGCAACUGCACUCUCUGAAAUUACAUAUUACUUGUGCAAGUAUCCAGCUAUCCGACAAAGAUUGGUUGCGGAGGUUCGAUCUCAAAGUAGUGAUCUUCCAUUCCUACACGCCGUUAUCCAAGAAGGCCUGCGGAUAUACCCCCCAUUCGUAGGGACCUUGUCUCGCCUCCCACCGCCCGGUGGUGAAGCAGUGGAUGGCUACUUCGUUCCUGAAGGUGUAAGUGCCCUUGUGCAAAUCCUAGAUCCGCGAUUUUUGAAGGACAAGCUGGAUGCUGUCGAACCGUUCAGUACAGGCCCAAGGGGAUGCUUGGGGAAAAUCCUUGCGUAUGCUGAAAUUCGCCUCAUACUAGCUAAAUUGCUGUUCCAUUUCGAUAUUUCGCCUGGCCCUGAAGGCGACGGCUGGAUAGACCAAGACGUCUACUAUUUGUGGGCUAAGCCGCCGUUAAUGAUUUACAUGAUAAAGAGAGAGACGACAGCGACAUAA